ACGGCCAAGCAGUCAAGCUCUACGGGCUCGCAAUCGAUAUGGCUCUAGGCCGACCACACUGGGAGCCGUCAGGCUUGGUGAGGGAAGAGGUGUCGGGUUUACUGAGCAAUCGCGCGCAGGCGAACAUGGCGCAGCAGAAUUGGGCCGAGGGCGCGGUAGAUGCAGAGGCGAGUGUGGAGAUGAAGAAGGUAGGGAACGCAAAGGGAUGGUGGAGGAGGGGGAAGUGUUUGCUUGAGAUGGGGAGGUUGGAUGAGGCGGAUCAGUGGGUCAAGCAAGGGUUGGAGUUUGAGGCUACGGAACAAGACUUGGUACAGUUGAAGGAUGAGAUUGAGAAGAGGAAGGGCGGAGCAUGAGGGAAAGCUUGCAGUGUUGAGUCUAUAUACUGGGAGAAGAUGUCAUCACAGUGUGCAUUGCAAGGCGUUGUUGGCGCUAUGGGUUUCCAUCGAUCCCAGGCUUUCUGAGGGAGAGUUAGUACUUCUGCAUACCCCUAUGAAUUAUUUCCAGUUAUGUUGCACAGCAC